AGCUGGCAGCCGGUCACAUGACCCACGAGCAGCUACAGCAUCACGUGACCGAGCAGCAACAUGCCAUGACCCGGAUGCAGUCGCACGCGCAUGCGCAACAGGUCAAGGCCAACCUGCUGACCACUUCCCUCCGCGCCAAGCUGCGACGGAAGGAGCAAGAGCUGCGCGUGGCGCGUGCGCAGAACGAGCAGUCCGUGUCGCACGUGGUCUCGCGUCUGCUGCACCUGGAGUCUCGUCUGCAGUGUGAGCGGGCGGAAGUGCUGGAGGCGCUGCAGGAGAAGGAUGACGUGAUCAGGCGUCAGCGCGCCGCCCUGGAGGACCUGGGCGAGAAGAACCAUCGUCUGCUGCAGGCGCUCCAGGAGACGCACGGCUACGGGCCGGACAACAACAACAGGAACGGGCUGGUCAAGUCCUCGGAGCCCGCCACGGCGCAGGACGGUCAGUACUCCAUCCAGGACCACGGCAACAAGGUCAUCCUGCGCGGCAGCAAAGGUCGCGACAAGUCGGGUACGCCCUCUAGUGGCCACAAGGUCCGCUUCAGCAACAUGAAGGAGAAGUUACGUCGUCACAAGAGCAGUCUGGAGCUGUACCAGUCAGAGCCGCUGGAGACGUUGUUUGAGGGCAGUCUCCGCUACUACGGGAGCCAGGACAACCUGAUAGACGGACGCAGCCCCGGCUCACGUGAUCCCAGGCAGGUGACGUCACCGUCCACCUCGUCGUCACGGCAGGCACGGUGCAGGAGUCUGGUGGAGUACCCGAGUCAGCUGAGGGAGGAGGAGGAGGAAGAGGAGGAGAGCCAGCACAGCCCGGACUCGUGCUUUGAGGAGGCUACGACCUCUGACCUGUCUCGCAGCGGCUCGAUCAACUCGUCCACCUCCUCCCUCUACAACCCACGGGACUCGUUUGUCCUCACCCCGUCCUCCCUCACUUCCUCCUCCACGUCCUCCUCCUCUUAUUCUUCCUCCUCUUCCUCCUCCUCCGCCUACCCCGUGUCCUCCCGCGCCCUGGGCUUCUCGGAGCUGGCCAAGUCUCGCUCGGUCCCUCAAGCCCUCCCGACCGUCAUCGAGAACGACUCGGGCGGUGUGGGCGGCAUCUCCUCGGGCCUCAAAGAACGACCUCACUCGCUGCCCAGCGUGGACCUCCUGGCCCCCGACAGCCCCAAGGUCAAGGUGAGCAUGUCGCCCAGCGUGACCCCGGCGGCCGCCGCCCCUGUGGUGACCCCUGUGCCGGUCAGCUCCUCCCCGCCAGAGUCCAACCCUUUCAAAAGCAUCAAGAACGUGUUCAAGCGGCGGGGCAGCAAGAAGAAGCGCUCCGUGUCGCUGGGACAGAGCACCAACCAGGAGUACCACGACGCCGUCAAGCAGCACUUUAAGAAGUAUGACCUCACCUAGGUCACUCACCCCCGACUGACCACCAUCUGUUCCCGCUGACCUCUUACCUGGUGUUUUUUGGGUUUUAUGGGAGGGGGAGUAUUGAAAGUUUGGGUUAUUUUUAACUUUUUUGACGUGGGGUUAGGGGCAGAAAGGGAGUGGGGUGGAGGGGUUCGCAUGAUCUAUGUAAAUAUGAACCAUAGAUCCCCCCCUUCCCCCUCCCCCACUGAUCUAUCAGUUCCAGAACUGCUCACCGCCACAUGACCCACAACCUUGGAAUGAUGACUGCCACAGACCACCACGUCAUGACGGCCAUGGUCAACAAACAAUACGGCAUUGUUCUAUUCUUAGCUGUGGGGAAUUCCUCUUGCGACAUAACCUGUGGACAAAAUACUGUUAUCUAUAACUUCAAAACGUGAAACCAGCUAGCGAAGUUCUUUUAAUUUUUGCAUUGUUUUGUUUUUGCUUUUUUCUGUUGUUUUUUUUCUAUAUAAGAAUCUUCAGAAGGUAUAGAUCUUAUACGUAUUGCAUUCAUUGUUGCUGUUGUUGUUGUUGUGUUGUUGUUAUUGUUGUUGUGUUGUUGUUGUCGAUGUGUGUGUGUGUGUGUGUGUGUGUGUGUGUGUGUGUGUGUGUGUGGAAAGUUGUGUAAAACCACCACAAGAUCUGAUUGGAACAAGUGUUCUGAGCCUUGUCUUCUUGCAGACUUAGAGGCAAGCUAUUGUACAUAAUGAUAUGAUUGGAUACAAUAAAAUAAUAUGCAAAUCGAUGGUGACAUGCUCUAGCACUGAAACUGGAAGAAAUAGGUAAACUUUUUUGUCUUAAAGAUAAUUGCUGAGGUCAAUCUGUGGGCCAAAAAGGAGAAAAAUCAUGAGUCAGCAUGUAUAAAAAUAAUAUUAUUGUUAUUUUGUAACUUUUAAAUAUUCUCUCGUCGCGAAAGUCUGGAAGGAUUUUCGUCAGUUGGAAAAUUUUCAAGAAACCACUUUCACGGUUAGAGCAAUAACAUCAUUGAAAUCUAUAUAUAAAUAUACAAAUGUGCAAAACAGAAGUAGGCUAGUUUUGUAGACAGAAAACAAACCUGUUUAUUUGUAGAGAGGGAGGGGUGGGAUGGUAGGUUGCACAGUAUAGAUUUAUGUAUACAUCUCUAUAUGUGCUGGCCCAUGAAAACCAAAGACUAGUAAAAAAAAAAAAAAAAAAAAUAAAAAAAAAACUUUCUGAGGUAAGAUGGAAUAUUUUCUGAACCUGAACAAUCCAACAAAGGAAUAUGAUUCCUUGAGGGAAGACAGUGUUUCGGUUUCUAAACUCUUUUCAUUACGAAUGAAACAAUAAAUAAUAAUGAUUCAAAUCAACAGAUUCACAGACUUCCUUUUGUGAAAACUGUUUAAGUUUAUGAAGGAAAA